UGCCGAAACCGUACGAUGAUGUAUUCUAUGCGGGAAUGUCCUAAACUAAAUAUACAUAGAUAAUUGAUGUAGCAACACCCUUGAUUCCCUAAAUCCUCUUGUAUCUUACGUUAUUAUCGUCGGGAGCCUCGUGAGGAGCUCCGACAGGGGGGUUACUCAGGGGGUUUCGCCCCCAAGUCGUAAUUGGUCAUAUGGUGAGACACAUACGUCCUCCUUCUUAGGAAGUGUGAGACUCCCUUCUCUGACCGAAAGAUCGCUUAUUAAAUCAAUAUCAGUGAAUAAGUAAUUCGUCAUGGGCAAGUUCCCUUUAUCUGAAAUAAUUAUUUUGAUUGCUGUAUCCCUCCCUAAAGUUCCCAUACAACCUAAGCCCAAACUUCUGAUAUCCUAAGUUACUAUCCCCUAGAAAUAAUGGCUAGCCGUGGAGGACAAUGCGAAAUACAAAUCCUUCAUAUCCGUCCAAAAGCGACCGAGACGAAAUUUGGUCUAAAAAACCUGGCUGAUGGCGGUUACGUAUAUGCCUUGGUAGUUGAGAAGAGAUACAACGGUCAAAACGUUCUUGAAAAGACUGCCUUGCAAGUGAACUCACCACAUCUCCUCAAGGUUUUUAAAUCGACCAUCGAAUAUUAUCCAUCUAUACCAGCUGAUUACAGUGUUCCAUUCCAGAUGCUAUAUCACUACUGGGAUAAACUGCAUGCUGCCUUGGAUGACGACGAUCUCGAGGAUGAACCCCGAAUGCAUCUGAAACUUCUCCUCGGAUUCAUGAAAGCAGAGAUUGGGCCGAGCAAAGAGCAAGUAGAGACCAUGCUGAAGGCAAGGCCCAUUGCCUUCUCAACUCUCUGGACUAUAUUCCGUCCUGGUCGUUUAGUAUUCACCGUGCUUGACUCCCAUCCUUGGCUACUCCGACUAGAGAAAACGGCAUACGAAGAGAACAAAAAGCAAGGCAAGUACUUAGAAGUACAUUGUACGUACACCGGUUACGACGGUCGGGCUUUUGGCCAAGCUAAGCAAAUCUUCGGGAUAUACCAAAAGAAACAGUUUGCAGCCGAGAAUCCCUGUAAGAUCAAUCAACUUCCCGUUAUGCCCCUUGAUUGGGUCGAAGGAAGAGAGAUUAUCCAGGAACGACUUGCGGAGAGGGGGACAAGGUUCCUCGCUAUACAAGGGAUCCAAGUGAAAGCUUAUCAUGGAAUAGCUAGGCAUUUGGAAGAACCUCCAUAUGACUUUUAUCAUCCGAGUAUGGCUGAAUUUGAAGGAGUUUGGCUUCCUCAUACGGAGGGAGGGCGUGUGGUCCUCGACGAACGAACCUUUAGGGAGGAGAACUAUUCCGAAGGCGUUUCCGUAAGCCCGACAAGUGUUGAUGAUAGAUCGGAACGCAUGCUUUGUCCCCCAUUCUCUUACGGCUACUCUCUCUCCCGAAAGGAAUGGUGUAAGCUUUAUAUCGAUAGCCUCUCUAGUGUUGACUGGAAUAAAUCAGCACUAGAUGAUCUAGUUAUGCAGGAAGAUCGCAAAACUCUGCUAGAAGCCCUGACUUUCUCUCAUGUCUUCCCGGAUAACGUGCGGGAUCAGAUGAAGCAGAAAGGGAAAGGUUUAGUGGUAUUACUCCAUGGAAGCCCAGGGAGCGGCAAGACCCUGACCGCAGAAUGUGUAGCGGAAGCAACUGGAAAGGCCCUCGUAACAGCCACUAUGGGAGACUUGAACCAGGAAAAUGUACCUGGCAUAUUCGAAGUACGCCUGAAACGUCUAUUGCAAUUUGCGACUAUCUGGAAGGCCGUCGUUCUACUAGACGAGGCGGACGUCUUUCUGGAAGGGAGAUCCGAGACAGCUGGAGAGGGUACUUCGCAUAAUGCACUUGUGGCCGUCUUUCUCAAAUAUCUAGAAUACUUCUCAGGUAUCGUAUUCUUAACGUCCAACCGCGCGAUCGUGUUCGACAAGGCAAUGAAAUCCCGAAUUCACCUCGCCCUUGAGUAUAAAGCGCCUGACCAUAACAUGCGACGCCUCAUGUGGAAGCAUCGCCUUUCAGCGAUCCCGGCGGACGAACUCGAUCUGAAUAUUGAGGAAGACGUGGAAAAGUUUAUAACAGAAGACGUGAACGGUCGCGAGAUUGCUAACUGUGUCGGUACGGCUCGGACCUUGGCUCGGCACAAGGGUGUCAAGCUAGCGCUCGAGCAUAUCCAUAUCGUGCUGGAAACAAGACGAGAGUUCGAAAAAUGUCUCGACGGAAUGCGGCUCAAGCGGCACCAGACAGACCCGGAACCAUUCAAACUCGCCAGAAGGAACACACUCGAGUCGAAUGACGACUGAAUCAACCAAGAGUAAUGAGAAAUUUGCCGGAAGCCAGACGGAUAGUACGAAGCCAUGAUGAUGAUAGAUAUGAAUGGAUCACUCGUUAUUCUGA